UUGCCAACCGCACGACGCCAAAACCCAGUCGCCAACCAUCACUCUCAUCAUGUCAUGAACGACGGUGGUGGAAAGAAAAAGUUGCAUCGCGAGCUUGUUUGUCCGGAAUCCGAAAGUAAAAAUCUGCCCCCAAAGUGAUGGAAACGCAUCCGUAAAUGCGAAAAAUCGCAUCAGCAGUGCAUCCGACGUUCGAGUGAGAUGUUUUUCCGAUCCGCACGGCGGUCAAAAGUGAAUAGCACUCGAAGGUGGUGAUUCGGAAGGGACGGGAUAUGUCUUCGACCGCGGCGAGCAGUUUGGGAUCAAUGCUUCCGGCGAACAUCAUGGCUAACGGUGGUGGCAAAACAUCUUCGAAGGCAAUGAUGGAACUGAAACCGACGGUGGCCGGAGGCGCCGCUGGCAAAGGCCAUGGGAAACUGCUGCCCGGUUCCGGUGACAAACACGAAUCCUGGCAAAUGGAACUGCUCAUGGAGCGACUUAGGAACAAAGCGAAAUCGUCACAGUACAAAUCCUUUCAGGAAAUGUCCAAAGCUGUUCGGAUGUCUUUAUUGGAAAAACGUUAUGCCUUAGACGCUGUGGAAAAAUCUAAUCUGCAAAAAACUUUAGAUAGCAUGCAGUAUUGUAUAAAAGUAACAUCUCGACAGGGCCUAGUGGAAAGGCUGGACUGUCUUACCCGACAACUGGGUUUGAAACUCAGCGAAGAUACCUCAGGGUUGUUCAUUUCGUCGGAUAUGUUCUAUCUGGAAAUCAUCUUGGACCCGAACGGAACCGUACAGGAUGUGAAAGUGCAUCACGAAUGUAAAAUGAAACAGCAGAGCUGCAGUGAGCUUGUUUCCUGUUUGCAACGAGGUGAUUUUGUUGAUUUCACCACCCAAUUAGAAGGAUUGGCGUCGAUUUACCAACUUAAUGCGGAGAAGAAGAUCAAAGUGAAUGCAUUUGUUGCCUUGCAAGCGCUGGAAACCGAUUUGUAUUAUCUGUACACCUUGUCGACUCAACAUUACACCGAUAUACACUCACUGUUGCUGAAAUCUCCCCUUGGAGUGGUGCAGAAAAGACGUGGCGGUCAUGCCAUGAAGUUGACCUACUACAUUGCCCCGCACGAUUUACUCGAUCUCGAAGCGAAGAAAGAGAAACCCCUUAACACUGAACUGAUAUCCACGGAGAAGAUCGGUUACAGUGUAGCGGUGAAUUUGGAAGCAUCUACAGCCAACAAGCUGCAGAUCCAACCGCUCUUGGUACAACAAGGAAACUCCCCAGUGUACAGUCCGAUUGAGAAGCACAAUUCUACGUCGCUUCCGGCGACCUUUGUGCUUCGCUUAAACACACCGAUGGCCCUGAAUGUGGCCAUGUUGAAGCAGAUCAAACUCAUCACCGGAGAUGGUUCUGCGGCAACGAACGAUCCUUCCCCCGCUAGCAACUCCGGUCUGAUAAGUUUGAUAGUGCAGCAUGCUUCCAAUGGUACGGUCAACAACAUCGCUAAAGGAUUGUUUGUGGCGUUGCCGGAUCAGUAUCAUUGCUAUUAUAUGACUGAGUGUAAGAAUCUACAGGGCACUAUCAUCAGCAGCAUUCCAUUCACAGAGCCGCAGCACGUGUCGAAAAUCUUGGUGUUCCUGCGGCAGCAAGCUCUCUUCAACCAGCUACUGACCAGCUGUAUCCGCAACAACGGCUCCAGCAGCACUCGGGUCACCGACUACGAGCACCUGGUGGUGUUCGAGGUGGCCGCCCUCUCCUGCCAGUACAUAACGGUUUCGCUUGAGCAUCCCUUUGAGGAAUCCCUUGCAAUGGUGGAGUUCGAUCUGAGUAAUGUCCUUUCGAUCCAAGUGCGGGUGUUCUGCAACGGGUACGAAAGCGACGAACGGUUAUCCAAGCGAGUUUCGGCGAUCGUUCAGCGGACAAUGUCCAUUCCGGUGACUUUGUGGAGGCUGAUGAAGAUAUGGCAAGAGGAGUACGAGGUCAAAUUCAAAGGCCAAGGAACCGGUGGUCAAGGAAAUGGCACGGUAGAUGAGGGAAAUUUUAGCUUGUCCAUGGGACCGGAUGAAGGUGGAGGGAACGGCCCAGCGGGACCCGGAGGGGGAGGAGGAGGAACUGCCAUGAACGGUCAAAUGAGUGGGAACUUGAAUGGAACAGGAAUGGUGCAUCAGGAGUUUUGCGACGUUAAAAAGGUGAAACUGGAACCGAUGGACCCAUCGAAGAAACGUCGCACGGUGGAGGAUUUUUGUAAAAGCCCAAAGAGUAGUAAGGUAGAAUCGGAAGAAGGUGAUCAAGAGAUGGACGAGGAAGACGAUGAUGAUGAAUAUGACGAGUCGACAAACUUGAGCAGCGGCGACUCGAACUCUUUGGGUGAAAAUCAACAGACAAAUGCGGGACAGUCAUCAUCGUCGACGGCAGCAAUGGGAGCACCGGCACCGGUAAGUUCCGUAGGACCAAGAAACACCAUUUCCGGAAAUGGCAGUGAGAGCUCCGGAAACAGUUCCAUUCUUGGCGGUUUAGAUUUUUCUUCUCUGGAUCCCGACCUUAUGCGAUCGUCGAACAGUUCGGAUCUGGACGAUACCGCCGAAGCUAGCGAACCGGAAAUCAAAGUUAAAUCCGAAGAACCAAACUACGCAACCUCGGUAAGCAUCACCCCGAUUGGCGUGGUGAAAUCUUCCGGUUCUUUGUCCAAUUCCGCUCUGAACAACAUCGGAUUGGACAAACGACCCGGAAUUGAAAUUAUUCCGUUGGCUACCGCCGGAACAAACAUACCCUCCUCGAUUACCAUUACCCCGAUCCCGAUGGGUACUUCCGGCGGCUCUAUGAAAAGCAGCAGCGGCGAUAGUGGCAGUUCUGACAAGAAGCUUAGCGUAAGCUCUAGUGGCAGCAUUCAUCGGAAAAGUGGGAGCAGCAGCAGUAGCAGUAAUAGUGAGUCGGAUCGAGCCAAGCUCGAGAAGAAGAAGAAACGGAGACACGAAGAGCAGCUGGCACAAUUGCAGCAGAUGGGACCACCGCACAAGAUACUCUCGAAGAGCUCGGAUGGUCCUGGUUCGCCAUCGGGUAGCAGUAGGAAAUUUUCCGUGUCGCCUGUUCCGCUGAAAAGUGGAAGUGGCAGUAGCUCAUCAAGUCAGAUCUUCCUCUCCGGUGGAAGUCCCGGGUCUGGAAGCAAGUCCAGCCCAAAGCAUUCUCCCGUACAUCACAGCAGUCCAAAGCACCAGAGUAGUAGCUAUGGUACCUCGUCGCCGAAACACAUUUCCGGUGGAGGCUCUGGUGGAGGAAAGCCCAGCAUGUCGGCACUGAAAUCGGCCACCAGCAGUGGAUCUCCCAGUUCGAAAAGCAGCGCUUCCGGUGGUAACCCAGCUGCAGGUAAAGAGGAAUGCUCUUCCGGUGCAAGUGGAACCAAAAGCAGUGGGAGCGGUGGAUCAUCGUCCUCUAGAGAUCGCGAUCGGGACAGGGAUCGAGAAAGGAGCGAGAAGAAAUCUGGAUAUUCUUCGUCUUCUAGCUCGUCUAGUCCAAAGCUGAAAUCUCCCGCCGUCAAAUUGAAGCAGCUGGAUUUGGCCAAUUGUGGUUCCGCAUUGAGUGCCGGUGUUCAGCUGGAGUUGAUGAAUAGCAAUAGCAGCGGAGGAAGCAGUUCCGGAAGUGGCAGUCUGGACCUCACUGACAGUGGUCUAUUUGGAAUUGGUGCAGCGGAUCUAUCUAAAACAUCCUCGGCUGCUGCAGCUUCCGCCGCCGGAAUGCUACUGCUCCAGCAAGCUAUGAAACGGAAAGGCUCUCUCAGUGCUGUGAUCGAUAAGCUCAAAUCUGCUCAAGGCGGAGACGAAAGUUCCUUGAUGCUGCUCCCAGAGCUGGCUCAGCAAGCUGGAUUUGCUCUGAAAGAAUCCGGAAAGAGUGUUUCCUCGGCGCCAUCGUCGUCUGCACCAACCAGCUCAACCUCGUCCGCCUCGGUAUCAAACCAUCUUCCAGGCGGUGCCUCCAUCAAUCCGGCAUCGUCCGCUGCAGCAGCGGCCCUGGCGGCGCAUUUUUCCUCAGCAGCCGCCGUCGCCGCCAUGCAGGCCAAGAACUCGGAAUAUAUGGUCAAACCCAGCUCCGACGGUAUCAAGCUGACCAUUCAGAACAAAAAGGGCUCCAAGAGUGGAAGCAGCAGUGGUAGCUCAUCCUCAUCGUCAUCGUCAGCUUCCAAGAGCAGCUCCAAGUCCGGAACCAAACAGCCAAGUAUUUCCGGUGGAUCUAUGCCACCGAAGAAGCUGCCAAGCUCACAAAGCUUCAGUGGGACUUAUCCGCCGACAACCGGAAGUAGUAGCAGCAGCAGUGGGAAAUCCUUGAGCUCUGGGUCCUCUUCCAAGGCACCCUUUCAAAAGUCCAGCUCAUCCGGAUCGUUAUCCAGUUCUGGGAACUCGACGAUGAGACCUUCAUCGAAAUCCGGGUCAUCCUCUUCCUCGGGUGGAAGCAGCAGCAGCAGCAGUAGUAAAGAUAAAUCUCGAAGUAGCUCCAAGUCAUCAUCGUCAUCAUCGGCAGCGGCUGCUUCCCUAAUGGCCACCAACGUGGCCAUGGCCGCAGCAGCUCAGGCAGCAGUAAAUGCAAAUGCCUUGAAUGUGAUGAAAAUGCUCGGUCUCACAUCCUCCAUCCAGAACAUGGAAGGCUUCGUCAAGACGUUGGACACCAAGUUUCAAAUCCCGAAACUCUCGGCCCGAUCUUCCGGUGGUGGCUCAACGGGCGGUGGCCAUGCCGGUGGAAGUGAUAUCGAAAAGCUGAAGCAAGAAUCUCGUCCUUCGUCUUCUUCGGCGCCUACAACUCCACUCUCCAAUGUGGCACAAUCGCCGACUGGGGGUAACGAUUUCUCACUUCCAUUCAACAAACUGCCAGGGGAUGUGUCCCCUCUGCAUUCGGCCAUGUUACCAAACGUGAUGCAGAAGAUGUUUCCCGGACACGACAGUUCGAUGCUGAUGAGGCGAUCCCCGAAUUUAGAUCACCAGUCAUCGGGCAACAGUCGGGAUGGAUUCUCCUCGAUCUAUGGGAAAGGUUCCACGACGCCCACGACUCCUACCGGAUCCGUUCCGCCUGCUUUCCCUUCGCCUGUCGGUAUGCAAAGCCACGCCAUGGAUUUCUCGAACAGCAGCGACUCGGCCGAUGCCAGCCUAAUGCGGCCACCGUCCCGUCCCAGCAGUACCAUGUCCAAUCACAGCUCGUCGGAUAAGCUCAUCGACGCCACCACCAACAGCAACUCAAUGGACGGACUACGGAGUACUUCUCCGGCACAAGCAUUGGCCGUGGCCGCCCAGCUAAUCAACAAGCUCGACCAUACUCAGCAGUUCGUGGCCGCCCUGAAGAACCAUCAUCACCAUCUCAGUGCCCUGAGCCUUAGCAAUGCUGCAGCCGUGGCCGCGGCGGCUGCGUCGGCAUCGGGUGGUUCCGCCGGUCCGGGACCCGUCACGUCGCCGACGUCCGUUUCGGUUCACAUCAUGAAAUCGCCCGUUCCGAGCCCCCUUCCACUGCAUGGCGCCGUUGCGCCCGAUGAGGAUGACACCCUCGUUGGAUUCAGCGGAAAAUGACAAUAUCGUAUCGUCUCGACGCCCCCUUGCGUUGUACAUAGACGUUGUAAUGUAAGUUCCACAACAAUCAAAACGUACGAAAGUUUCUUACGUGAAACACACAGCUGUUCAAUACAUAUUUAAAACUGGAGCGAAUGGUGUAUCAUACGGCUGCAGAGUCGUGUCCGUUAGCGAAGAAGGAAAAGUUAACCCUUGAGUGACUCCCGUUGAAAACUGGUCGUACGUUUGCUUCGAUUCUGACCAGCUUUCAACGGGGAUGACUUCCAUAUAGUUUAGUUUCACGAAACAAGUCACGUUCGGUUCAAUUUAGGCAUUUCCCUCCGUUCAACUAAUGUAUAAUAGUCUUUAUAUGAGAUUGUAGUGUGACGAAUUACCGCGGAAGGAAACCUCAAUUUUAGGCAAAAAAAAAACAAAACAAAAUUUACACAAACUUAGAUGAGAUUGGGUGUCGCGUCGCGUGUGUCUCGUUCUACAACUGAGGGAAGGAAUGUUAGGAUUAGAGCAAGUUUAAAAAAGGGAGUGUUCUGGGAGAGCAGCAUCACCGUUGCGAAAACAAAAAGGCAAAAAAGUUUAUUAUUUAGUGAGUAUUAAUUGAGAAUAAACUGGAAUGAAACGA